AUGUUUGAAGUUUCAUGCUUCUUUCCAGGUAGAUAUCAGACAUAUCUUGCACCAUCACUAUUUAUCAACUUGAACUUUGAUUCUUCUGAGAAAAAUAUUCGUUUUAGCUCAUCAUCAGUAAUACCUAACAAUUUUUUAGAAAAUCUAAAUCUCUUUUCAAUAUUUUCACCCCUCAAUAAUGGCUUUUUCAAUAGAUGA